AUGGCUGAAGAACUAUCGACCUAUUCUUUUCCCUAUUCCAAAGCAGCACAGCUUGAUUCUAGGAUCAAGAUCCCGCGACCAGCCAUCGACCCCACCCUCGUGCCCAUCAUCGAUUCAUGUCUGCUCCCUGAAGUGGUGGAUCUCGACUUCAUGCGCGGCGCAUCAUCUGGCGGAGACGACACACGAUUCGUCUACAAUGCCGACACUAUCAUGAAGGGCGCACCACACCUCAAGCAUACGCAGCAUUCUAUUCUCGGGCCUGAUGGCAACAGCGUCAUCCUAUCAGUCUUUGCCCCGAAGGAACCAACCUCGGCUGCAUUGCCCGCUUUGUACCACAUCCAUGGCGGCGGCAUGAUUUCUGGUGACCGCUUCACUGCCGUCACCGAACUGUUGGAUCUCCUCAAGGGCAUCGAGUGCGUUGUCGUGUCCGUCGAGUAUCGCCUUGCGCCAGAGACUCGCGCCCCCGGGCCAGCUCGGGAUUGCUACGCCGGACUUGUGUGGGCAUCUGACAACGCCGCUAGUUUGGGUAUUGAUUCAGCUAGCAUCGUUGUCUUGGGCGUGUCUGGUGGCGCAGCGUUGGCCGCAGCCAUAUGCCUCAUGGCCCGAGACAGGAAAUCUCCCGCGACGCCCAUCAAGGGCCAGAUGCUGCUGUCCCCCAUGCUGGAUGAUCGAUGCGACAGUCUCUCGGACCAGCAGUUCGAAUACGGCAGCCCAUGGUGCGGUAUUUCGAACCGCAUGGCGUGGGCUCAUGUGCUUGGAGACGACCGGGGAACCGACAAGGUUACCCCGUAUCAGGCGCCGUCCCGGGCAGACGAUUUGUCAAAUCUUCCACCCACCUAUAUUGAUGCUGCCGAGUGUGAGGUAUUUCGUGACCCUGCCGUCCUAUACGCCAUGAAAAUGUCCCCUUCUGUCUGUCUGUUCAAGCAACAAGUCAGUCUCUGGUGGCGCACCCAGAGUGAGCAGGCCAUGAGGCUGCUAGCCACCGAUCACGUCAGCAUCCAACCAACCUCCUACACUCCCCUGGGCGACGACGAAAACUUGAACCUCCUCGACGAUAACAACAGCAACGACUGUGAGGAUGCUAAUGUGGACAUUGAUAACGAUGUCGAGUCUAACCCGGCUACCGACACUCAACCCGGCGUCCAGAAGAUCGAGGCCGUGACUGGGGCAUGGACGACCGGCGCCCUGGUCUUCGCUUACAUCAUGAUUUGGCUCAUAUACUUCGUCGAGGGCGUCCUGUCGGCUGCUACAGUUAUCCUGGCUCCCUACGUCACAUCUGCCUUUGCCCUGCACUCGCUCACGCCCACCAUCGGCAUCCUGAGUAGUGUCGUCGGCGGCGUCACCAACCUCACUCUCGCCAAAGUCCUUGAUGUCUUUGGCCGCCCACAGGGCUACCUUUUCUGCAUCCUGCUCGCCACAGUUGGGCUCAUUAUGAUGACGGCGUGCAGCAGUGUCCAGGCCUAUGCAGUUGCCCAGGUCUUUCAGACGGUCGGGAACAAUGGCAUCCAAUACAGUCUGACCGUCUUCGUCGCCGACACUUCUUCCCUGCACAGUCGGGGUCUGAUGCAAGCGAUUGUCAGUUCGCCGAAUUUGAUUACGUGCUGGUUGGCAGGCCUGAUAUCCGCAAAGUUUCUCAACGGCCCUGGCUGGCGUUGGGCGUUUGGUGUAUUUACAAUCCUCGUGCCGUGCAUUACCCUCCCGCUUUUCGGCCUCUUGUUGCAUAAUCACCGCAAGGCACAGAAGAUGGGUCUCAUUCAAAAGACCGACAGGGAUACUGAUUGCACUGCCUUGCAGUCCUUGGUCUACUACAGCCGUCAAUUCGACGCUGUGGGCCUCGUUCUGCUGUCCACCGGAGUUGCCCUCUUCCUCCUGCCGUUCAACUUAUACGCACUACAAGGCUGGAGCUCACCGUGGGUUUUUGCAAUACUGAUAACUGGCAGUAUCCUCAUUAUCACCUUUGUGGUGUGGGAGAGAUAUUAUGCGGUCAUUACCUUCGUGCCUUAUUCUCUCCUUCUUGAUCCUACCGUCUUGGGUGCUUGCAUUCUAUCUGCGACGCUCUUUGCCAGUUUCUGGUGCUGGAAUAGCUUCUUCAGCUCGUACCUGCAGGUCGUGAAUGAUCUCAGCGUCGAGGAAGCCAGCUACGUCAUGCAGUCCUAUACUGUCUGCUCGGUCGUGGGCUCCAUCGCCGUCGGUGCCCUGAUCCACUAUGCGGGACGCUUCAGACCCAUCUGCCUCUAUUUUGGGAUCCCCCUGAGCAUCCUGGGUUCUAGCCUGAUGACGUACUUUUGCAAGACGGAGCACACAGUUGGCUUCAUUGUCAUGUGUCAGAUUUUCAUCUCCAUCGCCGCCGGCACCAUCAUGGUCUGCGACGAGGUGGCAAUUCUGGCCGCUGCUUCGCACCAUGAUGUCGCCGUCUGUCUAGCUGUGUUGGGCGUGUUUGGCAAUAUGGGCGGUGCGCUCGGCCUGACGUUUGCCUCUGCAAUUUGGCAAGCCGUCUUUCCCACGAGUUUGAUGGAAUACCUUCCUGAGGAAGAGCUCCCAAAUCUGAACGAAAUCUACGCGAACCUGUCGACCCAACUUUCAUACCCAAUCGGGUCCGAGACUCGUCUUGCAAUUCAACAUGCCUACGGUGACGCUCAGGUGAGGAUGUUGGCAGUAGGAACCGCGGUUUGGGUUGCGGGGUAUAUCGGGGUCGUCCUUUGGCGAGACAUCGAUGUCAUUUCCAUCAAGCAGAACAAGGGGCAUGUUUGGUAG